AAAAUUCUAUGGGGAAGAAGCUAGAGGAGCGACGAGGAAAUGGGUCGUGCCGCCGGCGACGAUUAUCACAAGACGGCAUUCCGAACCCGAUACGGAAGCUACGAGUACCUGGUGAUGCCUUUUGGCCUCACAAACGCGCCCUCGACCUUCCAAAUGACCAUGAAUACGUCAUCAUCUACCUCGACGAUAGAUUAAUCUACGGCCGCAGAAGGGAGCAGCACUUAAAGGAUCUUGAUGCAGUCUUCACGCUGCUGCACAAGAAUCGCCUCAUCACCAAAGGGUUUAAGUGUGACUUUCUUAAGCAGGAGUUGGAAUUUCUGGGCCACAUCGUCUCUACCAAAGGCGUGAAAAUCGACCCCAAGAAAAUCAAUACCAUACAGGAAUGGAAGUCGCCAAGCAACAUCAAGGUGCUGCAGAGUUUUUUGGGCUUCGACAAUUACGUCCACCGGUUUAUCCCUAAUAUGGCUUGGUUAUCUGCCCCGCUAACUGACCAACUCAAGGAUCACGAUUGUUUUUGGUGGAAGGAGAAGCAGCAAGUUGCAUUUGACCAACUGAAGAUUGCCAUCACGUCGACGCCCGUCCUUCGCAUCUCCGAUCCUGACCGUCUAUACGAAGUCAUCACCAACGCCAGCGACAUCGCCAUCGGCGCAGUUCUCUUACACGAUUUUGGCGACGGAUUACAGCCAGUCGCCUACGAAUCAAGGAAGCUGUAGGGUGCAGAGAAAAAUUAUCCGGUACA